UCACGUCACGGGGCCAAGGCGAGUCAAGAGAGGAGCAUUGAAAGAGACUGCGUUGCGACCGUGAGGUGUGCAUUGAGUCAGCAUCCAAGAAGCAGCACGCAUCCGCAGUAUACAUUGCUCCGCGUGACAGCACCUGCUCCCGUUCCGAGAGUGUCUGGCGCAGGUGACCCCCGAAACGGCACAGUACGUAGGGCGCUCGCGGUGUACCACCAUGAAGCCUCGGUAGUCCAUUCUCCAUACCAACAGCAUGGAUGGCGAGUCCUCAGCGCAAAGAGAGGCUCGCCUGCGUGAACUAUGGAAGCGGCUGGACGUCAAGCAUACUGGCACCCUCGACCUGCCCGCGCUCAAGGCCGGCCUACAGUCCAUCAACCACCCGCUCAAGGACGCCGAUACGCUGGUCCGUGAUAUGCUCACCGCCUGCGACAUCAACCACGAUGGCCGUAUAAGCUUCGAAGAGUUCAACCGCUUCUGCCAACAGACCGAGCGACAGCUGUGGAAUUUGUUCCAAAGCAUCGAUCGCGACCACGAUGGCAAUCUAGACAAGAGCGAGUUGUCACUGGCCUUCGAGCGGGCAGGCGUGGCAGUGAGCAAUGCGCGACUGGAUCGAUUCUUCAGCUACAUUGAUAAGAACCAUGACGGCAGCAUCGAUUACGGUGAAUGGCGCGACUUCCUGCUCUUCAUCCCUGCCUCCGCGCCCGGCUUAAAGGCCGUCUUCACAUAUUAUACAUCGACCGUCAAGCUUUCGUCUGAGGGUGAUGUGAAUCUGAGUGAUGAAGCGCUCUCGGGCCUUGGCUACUUCGUCGCCGGCGGUCUUAGUGGUAUCACUAGCAGAACCGCAACGGCCCCGCUCGACCGACUUAAAGUGUACCUGAUAGCGCAGACGGGCAACGCGCAGGAAGCAAUCCAGGCAGCCAAGAGUGGCGCCGCCGUCACCGCAACGAAGCAUGGCGUAGCCACAUUGUGGAAUGCUUGUAAGGAGCUUUGGGCGGCCGGUGGUAUUCGGAGUCUGUUCGCAGGCAACGGCCUGAACGUGAUAAAGGUCAUGCCCGAAUCCGGCGUCAAAUUCGGUUCGUACGAAGCCUGCAAGCGCGCCGUCGCGCAAUUCGAAGGUCACAACGACCCCAAACACAUCUCGCAAAUCUCCCAAUUCAUGUCCGGCGGCACGGCCGGCAUGGUGGCGCAAGCCGUCGUCUACCCGCUCGACACGCUCAAAUUCCGCAUGCAAUGCGAGACGGUGAAGGGAGGCGAGCACGGGAACCGGCUUAUCUGGCAUACCGCGGCCAAAAUGUGGAAAGCCAACGGCAUAGUAUCCUUCUAUCGCGGUCUGCCCAUGGGCCUCGUGGGUAUGUUCCCGUACGCGGCCAUCGACCUCUUCACGUUCGAGUCGUCCAAAAAGUAUAUGGUGAAGCGGAACAUGAAGUUGUACGGGUACAAGCACGAGGAAGAUGCUUUGCCAGGCAACUUCACGUUGGCAUUGAUGGGCGGAUUCAGUGGAGCGAUCGGCGCUAGCAUCGUGUACCCCAUCAACCUGCUGCGAACGAGGCUGCAGAGCCAGGGCACGGCAAUCCACCCGCGAACAUACACUGGUAUUGUCGAUGUAACGCGACAGACCCUGAAGGGAGAGGGUGUAAGGGGGCUGUUCAAGGGCUUGACUCCGAACCUGCUGAAGGUGGUACCCGCGGUCUCGAUCACCUACGUCGUUUACGAAAACUGCAAGAAAGCGAUGCACCUGCAUUAAGCAUCCUUCUACUCAAACCAAUACUCACCUGAUGGUACGACACAAUAGAUUGUAGCACUUUUAGGUUGCUUGAAACCAUUAGCGUGCGUGGGGAUGGCGUUAGGUGUGUUGCCGCCGUUUGCGCGGAAGAGCGCAGCUCUGGAGCAUCUUUGGGGUUGAUACCACUAUGUGAUCAAAGGGAAGGCGUUGCAUAGACUGAUGAAUGCGAUUUGAGCUUAACCUACGCCUUGAGCGCUGCCGACCUGCCUGUUUUAAUGGGUAGACAAAUGCCCCGGGCAAAUCCCUUUCCCUGGUGUGACACAUAUCAUUCACCAACGUACACUUCGCACCCUCG